CUUGCACUGGCCCGGCCUGCCGCCCCACACUAGACGGUACUUGUCACUCAGAGUCUGUCAUCACUUCCCAGGCAAGGUCCGUCGCGCACCAGUUGUUUAUGGAGCGUCUGCUCGGGGCCAGGCUUUGUCCUAGGGGGUGGGGAGCGGCCGUGACCGGUGACCGAGGCUUACAGGCUUAUGAUGACCCUGCUCUCCUGUUGACAUUCUGAGCCCCGGGGUGUGGGUGGGGGAGACAGGCCACGAACACGUAAACAAGGAGACGGCUAGCUUCCGCUGUGAGUGCCGGGGAGCAGACGACCUGGGCAGGGGACAGCCGCUCUAGCUGGAGGGCCAGGAGGGCCCCUCUGAGCAGGCAGCCACAUUCCAGGCCGAGGAGCAUCCAGUGGGAGGACCCUGAGACGGAAAGAAUGAAGAUGAGACGCUACAAGCUCUUUCUCAUGUUCUGUAUGGCCGGCCUGUGCCUCAUUUCCUUCCUGCACUUCUUUAAGACCCUGUCCUAUGUCACCUUCCCCCGGGAACUGGCCUCCCUCAGCCCGAACCUCGUGUCCAGCUUCUUCUGGAACAAUGCCCCCGUCACGCCCCAGGCCAGCCCGGAGCCGGGUAGCCCCGACCUGCUGCGAACGCCGCUCUAUUCCCACUCGCCCCUGCUCCAGCCCCUGUCGCCGAGCAAGGCCACCGAGGAGCUCCACCGGGUGGACUUCGUGCUGCCCGAGGACACCACCGAGUAUUUCGUCCGCACCAAGGCCGGCGGCGUCUGCUUCAAACCGGGCACCAAGAUGCUGGAGAAGCCCCCGUCGGGGCGGCCCGACGAGAAGGCCGAGGGCGCCGACGGCUCCUCGGCCCGGGGCCCCGCGCGGCACCUGCUGAGCACCCGCGAGCGCCCCGGGGCCCGCGGCGCGCGGCGCAAGUGGGUGGAGUGCGUGUGCCUCCCGGGCUGGCACGGGCCCAGCUGCGGCGUGCCCACCGUGGUGCAGUACUCCAACCUGCCCACCAAGGAGCGCCUGGUGCCCCGGGAGGUGCCGCGGCGGGUCAUCAACGCCAUCAACGUCAACCACGAGUUCGACCUGCUGGACGUGCGCUUCCACGAGCUGGGCGACGUGGUGGACGCGUUCGUGGUGUGCGAGUCCAACUUCACGGCGUACGGGGAGCCGCGGCCGCUCAAGUUCCGCGAGAUGCUGACCAACGGCACCUUCGAGUACAUCCGGCACAAGGUGCUCUACGUCUUCCUGGACCACUUCCCGCUGGGCGGGCGGCAGGACGGCUGGAUCGCCGACGACUACCUGCGCACCUUCCUGACGCAGGACGGCGUGUCGCGGCUGCGCAACCUGCGGCCCGACGACGUCUUCAUCAUCGACGACGCCGACGAGAUCCCCGCGCGCGACGGCGUGCUCUUCCUCAAGCUGUACGACGGCUGGACGGAGCCCUUCGCCUUCCACAUGCGCAAGUCGCUCUACGGCUUCUUCUGGAAGCAGCCGGGCACCCUGGAGGUGGUGUCGGGCUGCACCGUGGACAUGCUGCAGACGGUGUACGGGCUGGACGGCAUCCGCCUGCGCCGCCGCCAGUACUACACCAUGCCCAACUUCCGCCAGUACGAGAACCGCACCGGCCACAUCCUGGUGCAGUGGUCGCUGGGCAGCCCCCUGCACUUCGCCGGCUGGCACUGCUCCUGGUGCUUCACGCCCGAGGGCAUCUACUUCAAGCUCGUGUCCGCCCAGAACGGCGACUUCCCCCGCUGGGGCGACUACGAGGACAAGCGGGACCUCAAUUACAUCCGGAGCCUGAUCCGCACGGGCGGCUGGUUCGACGGCACGCGGCAGGAGUACCCGCCGGCCGACCCCAGCGAACACAUGUACGCCCCUAAGUACCUGCUCAGCAACUACGCCCAGUUCCGCUACCUGCUGGAUAACCCCUACCGGGAGCCCAAGAGCACCGCGGAAGGUGGGCGGCGGAACAGGGGGCCCGAGGGAAGGCCGCCCGCCAGGGGCAGAUCGGAUGUGGUCGAAGGCUAAGGCGGCGAGAUCUUCAAAGAGCCGGCGGGCGGGGUGGGGGGGUGGCGGCAGCCCCUCCUGCUGUUUCCCUGCCUCCCUCUGCCGGCUGCCUGGUUCCCGAGAGGACCGAGCCCUUGGGAACCCAGGGCCAGGCCUGUGAGCUCACAAAGCAUCCUUCCUCGUCAGGAGAGGGGAGUCCAGCCCUUCCGUCCACCCAGAGUGCUGUGGCCAGGAGGUGCCAACGGAGAGUGCAUGACGGUUACUGGGUAGCCAGGGAGGGCGGGCAGGGUCGGGGAAGGGGACCCGCAGGAGAAGCUCCCCAGGCCAGCCACGUGGGAGCUGCGGCCCCGGCCGGGGAGAAACCUGCCGUUGGGCCUCCUGGGGCUUUGGACCUGCAGCGGGAAGGUGGGCAGGCCGGGAGGUCCCGGGGCUCUGUAAAUGGGUGCAUUCGGGUGCAGGAGGAAGAGGGGACAGCAAGGUGGGAGGGAUGUAAAGGAGCAUCCAGCUGGGAGGAAGCGCAGUGUCCUCGGAAGGGCUGAGCCGGAGGGAGCAGAGAGCUCUGCCCGCAGGACACCCCUGCGCUGGAUAGCACCCGUGGGGUAGGGCCUGGAGUCUGCCGAAGCCCGGGGAGUCUUGCUUUUGGUUCCAAACCUGGCCUUGACAUUCCGUCUUUCUUUUUAUACUGUCGUCUUGUGGGCUGCCCGCUCAGCCCUCGCAAGGCCAAGACUCCAGUUCUCGGGGUGGGAUGGGAGCCGGAGGCUGGACCGUCAAGCCGGCCUGGGAGGGGGCCUAGGGGAGGCAGAGGUUCCCCAUCACCCCUUCCCACUGGGACCCACAGCCCCAGCCCUCCACCGUCUCUGAUAGAGUCACCCUUGUGCCCCUGCUCGGGGCUGGCUAGAGCCAGGACGGGCCCACAGGCUGCCUGGGACCAGGAAGGACUUUGAGGUCAGUUAUGUCAUCUCAUUCCCCUCAGUUUAUCUCAUGGGGGCAGGGGAUGUAUUGGUUAGAUUCUAAGCUGCUGCCAUUAAGAGGCCCCCAAACACAAUGGUUUAAGCAAGACAAGCUUGUUUCUAGCUUAACUGUCCAGAGGGAGAUGGUCCAGAUCCAGUAGGGCAGCUCUGCUUUUUCCCACAUACACACCUUCCAGUUCUGGACAGAGCGGUGGCUUCAGCUCCCACCAUCACAUGUGCAUCCCAGCCUGGGAGAAGCAGAGAAGGGCAAGAGAAGCACAUGUCCUUUCCCGUUAAGGGCAUGAGCCAGCAUGGCAUGGUCACUUCCGAUCGCAUCUCACUGGCCGGGUCUUAGUCACGUGGUCACAAGCAGCUGCAAGGGAAGCUGGGAAAGGGAGUCUUCAGCCACAUGCCCAGCCUCAGCUUGAGAGUCCUCUUAGUAAAGGAAGGAGGAGAGCACGGAGACCAGGAGCAUCUUUGGCACAGAGGGAGGGGCAUGGGGAGAGAGCGUCAGAAUGACUAACACAGUCCUAGGAUCCUCCUCUCAAGUUCAGAGCUCUUAGACGCACCUGCUCCUGCCCCCAUUCACUGCCAGUCCAGAGCUGGGGGGUGGGGGGGCAGUGAGAGCCUGCAGUUGAAGGAGGGGUGAGACACCGCCCUCCUGAGGCCCCCACAGAUGUUCACCCAGCCAUGCCAGGAUGCAGAGCCUGCCUGUGGAGCGGGACAUGUUUGUGUGUGCGUGUGUGUAUUUAUGGGCAUGUGUGCAUGUUUGGUGCGUACUUGUGUGUGUCUGUAUUGGGGUGUCCCUGUAAAUAGAUGCUUCUGUAUGGAUGUGGGGGCAGGGCCCAGGCCUCCCCUUCCCCGGGACCUGGAGCCUGUGGCCACAGCCCCUCACAGCUCCCCCAAAGUGACGGAGGUGCAAAGCCCUCGGGGAGCCUAGCAAGCAAGGGUAAAGGGGGAUGCGGGGUCUGUCUGUCUGUCUGUCUUUCAGUCCAAGGAAUGAGAAUCCUCCGGGCCCGAGGGCUGAACAGCUGAGAGCUCACUACCUCCCCAGCCUGUUUUGGUCCCCACCAUAUCCUUCCAUCCCAUCCCACCCAGCCUCCAGCCAGGACUGUCUCUGGGGGUCUUGUUGGGGUUUCCUGACGGGCCAGAAGGGGAGGGGGUCUCCUCUGGCUCAGCUCUGUCCAGAGAACUGUCUGGCGUGGGUGUGGUCUGGGGAGCUGGCCGGC